AUGGCAGGAAGAGGUAGGAGAAGACCCAAUCACAACAACAAAAACAGGAAAAACAAAAACGACAAUAGAAAUACCAAAAGCGACAGUGGUGGCGGCAGCAGCAGCAGAAGGCGAUCAAAAUCAAUUCGAAAUUCUCUCUUUGUUGAAGGCGGUGUCUUGGCCGAUUGGCCCCCUAACCAAUCAGGAAGGAGUGCUAAUGUGAAUUCGAAUUCCAAGUCGGGUUUGAAACUGGGGAAUUCUAGUAAAGGAAAAGAGGGUUCGGGUUCGAAGAAUGGACCACCUAAAUCGAAUGGAAAUGCUUUCAGUUAUAGAUAUCCUUCUCUUGAUCUUCAGGAGGGCACCAGCAGAGAUACGGAUGAGUCGCGACCUAUUGUUUUAGUCGAUUCGAAGGAGAACCAGAUUGUUGCUUAUUUAGAUGAAACACCAACUUUGGCACCCUGUAACUUGAAUUUAACGUAUGAUUACAGUUCAGAUUUUCUGCUCGGCGAGAGCUCACAUAGGGGAUUGGGGUUCUGUGAGGAAUUUGAGGCUACCCCAGGUGCUGAAUCAUCCUCGAAGCAAAUGGAAGAGGAAGAGCAGAAAGGAUCUUCUUUUGAUUCACCACCGUCUGAAAAAGAAAUGGAUGCUGAUGACACUGCUAACUGUGAGGCAGGUGAAGAAAUGGUUGAAGAAAUGCUGACUGCAGCAUCUCCGAAGAAAAAUUCAGCGUUUUUGUCCAUUGGAGGCAUGAAAUUAUUCACCCAAGAUAUAUCUGAUGGGGAAAGUGAUGAGGAUUCCCUGGAUGAAAGCUCCGAAUCUUCUGAACGAGGACAACUAGUUGAACUGUCUCAAAGUGAUGACUCUAAUGACACAUCUGAUAGUGAAUUGGAUGUUGAUGAUGAAGUUGCAGAAGAUUACUUAGAAGGAAUUGGCGGCCGCACCAAGAUAUUAGAUGCCAAAUGGUUGGUAGAAAAUGAUUUGGAUGAUUCAGAUGAGGAUAGUUCUUCUAGUGGUUGCUUUGAUGAGACUGUACAGAAGUUGGGGGGAUUGCCCUCCAGGAGGCAUCUAGAAGAUAUGGAUCCAAGAACCGUCUCUGUGAGAAAGAAGCAAGCUGCCUGCUUCCCUCGGUCUUGGCCUUUAGAGGCUCAAAGGAGAAAAAACUCCCGAAAUUUUCCUGGUGAAAAAAAGAAACAUCGGAAAGAAAUGAUUGCUGUCAAGCGUCGUCAGAGAAUGCUGGGCCGGGGAGUUGAUUUAGAGAAAAUAAAUAAGGUUCGACGACUUUCAGCAAUUUAUCGCUUGCAUAGUGGGUCCCAAGGUUCUGGCAAGAAAAGCUUUGUUACAGUGACGCGAACACAGCACACAUGCAUGCCUUCAGCAAGUGAUAAACUCCGUCUAGAAAAGCUGAUAGGGGCUGGCGAUGAGGAUGCUGAUUUUUCUGUUAAUGCAGGCUCAAAAACAAAAUCAGCUAGCGCAGACAGAAAUAGGAAGAAGAAAAGCGCAAGGGGGAGUGUUGGGAGAAAUGUUUUAUAUGCUAAUCAACCAGUGUCUUUUGUAUCAAGUGGAGUAAUGCAAUCUGGAGUUGGUGAGACCAUAACAGUGGAUUCUCAAGAGAGAAAUGAAACUGGUGAAAACAAGGAUGCCACAAGCUCAUCGAAGUAUGGUGCAUUUGAGGUGCACACUAAAGGAUUUGGAUCUAAGAUGAUGGCAAAAAUGGGAUUUAUAGAAGGUGGAGGAUUGGGAAAGGAUGGUCAAGGUAUGGCUCAACCUAUUGAAGUGAUCCAGCGGCCUAAAUCACUUGGGUUGGGUGUUGACUUUUCCAACAUCAGUGUUGACUCGGUGAAGAAUAAACCUCAAAGCACUGGAACCGGAACUGGAACGUCUGGAAAACAUAGCAAAACUCAAAGCUUUGGAGGUUUUGAAAAGCACACCAAAGGAUUUGGAUCCAAGAUGAUGGCCAGGAUGGGUUUUGUUGAAGGCAUGGGCCUGGGCAAAGAUUCCCAAGGUAUUGUCAACCCUUUAGUUGCUGUUAGGAGGCCUAAAGCACGGGGAUUGGGUGCAAAAAGUUAG